AUGAGUGCCACAGGCGGCGGCAGUGUCAGCAACAGCGCUGGCGGAGCAGGCAGUGGAGCAGGCAGCGGAGGCGGAGGCGGAGGCGCCACUCACAUCUUUCGCUCGCUGUCGUCGGAGAGUCAGAAACGUGAAUGGUCGAAGCGUCUGUCAUUGCGUGGCAUGCGACAUGGCGGUGGCACAGCGGGAUUAUCCACCAGCAAGGAGGAGAGUGGUGCAGUUGGUGGUGCAAGUGGUGCGAGCAAGCACCGAAAGUUCUUCAGCCGAUCCGCCUCAUUGAAGCAGUCCGGCAGCGCAGGCAGCAGACAAAUCUCCAUGGAGUUGCAUGUACCUGGACACUCAUCGGGCUCUGCCUCACCGGCGGGGCAGAUGGGGCAGGGGCAACCACAAACACAGCCAUCAACGCCAAAGAAAUCCAACUGGGAGGUGAUCGAACAUUUUAAUACCAACGCCAAGGGAGGCAAGGCGAUGGUGAGCAGCAGCCUGAUUGCGGCUGGCAUCACACGCUGCAACAUUGAUGAGUCGAUGGAUUCAACCAACUCGAGCUCAACCUGCCACAGCCCAAUGAUCUAUCAACGCGACGAGACGCAACUGUUGCAACAAUCUGAUGCUGGCGAUGGUCGCAGCAACCUGGAGGCAAACAAUCCGAGCACCUCGGGCACCACAGCGGCAAGUCCGAGCAUCUCGUUCUGGUAUCGCUUGAAUCGCAUCAUUUUGCGUCUCUGCUCGACGCAUCAGUUUAAGAAUUUGCAGGUGGAAAUGCUCUAUCAGCGUUAUUUUUUGCGCAUGAAUCAGAGUAAUACCACGCAUAUCUUGGCCCUGUUGCUGACUCUCAUCCUGGCGCUGUCCUGCACGCACAUUGUCUUCACCACGCUGCAGCUGAGACGGAACUUUGCGCUUGCCACCGCUGGUGGCACGUCGGCCACGAUUCGAUUGGAGCGUCUUUUCUUGGAUGGCAAUGGAACGGUAACUGCUGAAAAUUCGACACAUGCCACAACGCCAACGUUGCCACAGCAAAUGAGCCAAAUUGCAAAUGGCAACGAAUUGGGGCACGAUAAUGUGGCAAGCUACAGCGAAACGGUGCGCCGUCAAAAGCGUAAACAUUAUCGACGCCAGCACAAGCAUCGCUACAAGCCGCAUCAGCAUAGAGCCAGCAUUAAACGCAUUACCAAUACGCGCAACAACAACAACAGCAACCACAAUGACAGUCAACGUGAUGAAGUGUUCAAUCUGACGCCGUUGGAUGGACACAACAGAAGCAAAACAGCUGUGGGAAAAGAGGGGAAAGAGGGGAAAGAGGAGCAGCUGGAGGAGCAGACUGGUCUAUUUGGUUUGUCGGAUAAUUUCGAGUCUUCAUUGGAUUAUUUUCACAUGCUGCUCUCGAUGAUGGCGCAAAUCGAUGAGUCUGUGCUCGUUUUUCUCAUUGUUAUGCUAAUCUGUGCCAUUGUCUAUGCAUUUCUCUUGUGCAUUCUCUCGAAGCCGGCCAUGAAUGAGAUCUUCCUGGUGCUCGUCUCCUACGUCAUUUUGGGCACUUUUCUGGCCAUUGAAAUAGCCGUUAGUUAUGCGAUGCAGCCCAGCAAAUCAUUCAAUGGCAGCUCAUGUUGCAUUGUGCUCAUCUACAUGACGUACACGAUGUUGCCGCUGCGUUUGCGUGAGUCGCUCAUCGGUGGCAUGCUGCUUAGUGGCACGCAUCUGUACACCUGUCUCCACACACAAUACUCGCUGCAGGAGUUGCCACCGACGGAGGCGGAGUCGUUGCAACAGCCGCAACAACCACAGGCAACAUUGCUGUGGCAGGAGCUGCUCUGCACGUGCAUUGCUUUGUUGUUGGCCAAUCUCACUGGCAUCUACACGCAUUGGCCCAAAGAGAAGGCCCAGAGAAAGGCCUUCAUUGAGACGCGGCAAUGCAUUGAGGCGCGUUUGCGGACACAGCGCGAGAAUCAACAGCAGGAGCGUUUGCUGCUCUCGGUGCUGCCGCGUCACGUUGCCAUGGAGAUGAAGGACGACAUUGCGGGGCAGCCACGUGACACGCAGUUCCAUAAGAUUUACAUCCAGCGUCACGAGAAUGUCAGCAUUCUCUUUGCGGACAUUUGCGGUUUCACGAGCCUCUCGGACCAGUGCACGGCCGAGGAGUUGGUGCGUCUGCUGAACGAGCUUUUUGCACGCUUUGAUCGAUUGGCCGCUGAGCAUCAUUGUCUGCGCAUUAAGCUGCUUGGCGAUUGUUAUUAUUGUGUGUCCGGUUUGCCAGAGCCGAGACCGGAUCAUGCCCACUGUGCCGUGGAAAUGGGACUCGAUAUGAUAGACGCAAUAGCUCUGGUGCGAGAGGUAAUGGCCGUAAAUGUGAAUAUGCGAGUUGGCAUCCAUACUGGACGGGUGCACUGCGGCGUAUUGGGCCUGGUCAAGUGGCAAUUCGACGUGUGGUCCAAUGAUGUGACCCUGGCCAACCACAUGGAGAGCGGCGGCAUUCCAGGACGUGUGCACAUUACGAAGGAGACUCUCAAGUGUCUCGAUGGCGACUAUGAAGUGGAGGUGGGAAAAGGAGCCGAAAGGAAUUCCUAUCUCAAGGAUCAUCAGAUUGAAACGUAUCUCAUUGUGCCAGGAGAUAUCUACAGACCCGUAAGUGAACACAAGAAGUCUCGCAAUCGGUUGCAAGUUAAUGGCAACAUUUCCAAGGAACUACGCAUGAUGGGACACGGCACUGCACAGAAGCACACCUCCAAAUUCGGCUUUGGUGACAGCGCGGAGAGUACCAAGGAUCCCGAGGACGAGGUCAAUGAGUACUUGAUGCGUGCCAUCGAUGCCCGGAGUAUCGAUCAUCUCCGUGCCGAGCAUUGUCAGUCGCUGCUGCUCCGCUUCAAGAGCGUUGCCCUGGAGCGUAAGUAUGCCAAUGAACCGGAUCGCAUGCUCUGCGUUUACUUCUACUGCAGUCUGUUGGUUUUAUUGGGCACUUCCGUCAUGCGAUUUGCGGUCUUUGAGAGCUCUAUUCUAUGUUUGGUUCUCUCCAUUGGCGCCUUGUUGUUGCUGCUUUUCCUGGUCUUUUUGGUUGCCUGUCAUCAAAUCAAUUUUCAGCUUCCUAUCGUGAUGAAACGAUUCUCGCGGCGCAUUCACAGCAAUCGCACGUUGUCGCAAUUCUUUGCUUUGGCUACAGUUGGCCUGAUUGUUUUGACCACGUUGCUGGCCAUGUUGCAGGAAUCGAUGCGGCAACUGGAGUUGCGUCAUAAUGAAUGGCUCUGGUUGCACGUGAACAGCAGUCAGGAUGAGCAGCUGCCACCCGUGCAACUGCAACACGAGGCAACUACCAGCUAUGACUUCUACUUGGCCUAUAAUACAUUCCUGCUGCUGACAUUGCUAUCGAUGAUGUGCUGUGCCACGUACCAAGUGUUGCGGCUUUUAUUGAAGCUGCUGCUUCUGCUAGUUGCCGCAUUCAGUUACAUGGCCUGUUCCUGCUAUUUGUAUGCAAGGAGCAGGGAAAUGAGUCCCGACUUGGCGAAUGAGGAAGCCCUGCUGCGCUACAUAAUUGAUUCAAUCUUCCUAUUUGCAUUCAUGCUCGCCCUAAUCUUCCAUAGCCAUCAAACGGAGGCCACAUACCGACUUGACUUCAUCUGGAAGCUGCAGGCAACGGAGGAGAAAGAGGAUAUGGAGCAUCUACAGGCUUAUAAUCGUAAACUGCUCGAAAAUAUAUUGCCCGUGCAUGUUGCCGAGCAUUUUUUGAGCCGCGAAAAGCACCUUGAUGAUCUGUAUCACGAGCAAUGCGAUUCGGUCUGCAUCCUGUUUGCCAGCAUACCAAAUUUCUCCGAGUUCUACGUGGAGCUGGAGGGGAAUAACGAAGGUGUCGAGUGUCUGCGUCUGCUCAACGAGAUUAUUGCCGACUUCGAUGAGCUGCUCAGCGAGGAACGUUUCCGCUGCAUUGAGAAAAUCAAGAGCACAGGUGCCACAUAUAUGGCCGCCUCGGGACUGACGGUCAACACCUGCGACCAGGUGAACUUCAGUCAUGUCACCGCCAUGGCGGAAUAUGCGCUGCAACUCUUCGACAAGAUUGAGGAGGUCAACAUGCAUUCCUUCAACAACUUUCGCAUGCGCAUAGGCAUUAACAUUGGCCCUGUAGUAGCAGGUGUUAUAGGCGCCUGCAAGCCACAAUAUGAUAUCUGGGGCAAUGCGGUGAAUGUUGCCUCGCGCAUGGACUCCACAGGACUCGUCGAUCACAUACAGGUGACCCAGGAGAUGCAGCAGAUACUCGAGUGUCGUGGCUUCGAGCUCACCUGUCGUGGCAGUGUCAAUGUCAAGGGCAAGGGUUCAAUGAUAACCUACUUUCUCAAGGGCAAAGGGCAAAUGCCCGCCGAGCCGACACCACUAAUUGUGGAGCAAGAACCACCCAAGAGUCUGCAAUUAAACACAACUCCAGCCGAAGUUGCCACAGAGAUUGAGGUGGCUGCCACAACAGCUGCCGAUCUGGUUGAUAACGAGGACGAUGAUGAGGAUGACAUUGAUCUCAAUUCGAAUAUGCAAAACUUGACGGCACAGCGUCGGAAAUCGCUCUGCCGACAGCAUAACAUCUCCUCCUCGUUUGGCACCACUGUCAGCUCCACGGGGAUUACGCCCAGCAUCUCCAACAGCUCCAGUGUCGUCACAAUUGGAGCGCUGCCGGUGCUGCUCAGGAAUGUGAAUGCCGAGAGCUGUGCCACGCCCACAGCGCCGCCCAAGACGCUGGUGACGGAGCUGAAGGAGGAGAUAACGCGGGAUGAGAAGAGCACACUCAAGGAUUCCAUUGAGAACCUGGAGAUACUGCUGAAGAACAACAUCAGUCUCUCGGAUCUGAGCAACAAGCAGCAACAGAAUCUGCGUGGUGAAGUCGUCUCCACCUGCAGCUCGGCAACGACAACACUACGAAAGCGAGACACCAUCGUCAGCUUCAAUGUCAUCGAGACUUUGACCACGUCACAGCAUCAGCGGAAGCGUCGCUCGGUGACCACCAUGGCGGCCAGUUGCGUCACCACAACCACGCGACUGCUGUCCAACGAGAGCCAGAGUUCCACACAGACCGCACCUGGCACACUGGAGACCACGGAGGGAGUUGGCACGCCAGCUGGAGCGGAAACUGUUGGCAUGCGAUCUGCUGCAGAGGUGGCUCAAGGUGUGGUGCAGGAUUGGCAGCCACGCACCAGCAGCCUGGAGCCGAAUCGCAGUCCCAUCAAGACAUCCCAGUCGAUGAGUCCCAUUGGCCUCGCCACCGAAGUCUUUGUCCUGCCCAACAGUCGCAGCAUGAUCCUCAUCAGCAGCAGCAGCAACAACAGCAUCCCAGGAGCAAGCAGUCCCAGGACAGCGCUCCUGCAGGAUGUCAGCACUUAAAGGACCUUGGGAUCUUUGAGCUGUUCGUGUAAAUAUGUAUAAAUUGCAGGCAAAGUCAAAAUUAGAGUUGAUUUCCCUUAUCUAAGUA